GGUCCGGGUAUUCUCGCUGCGAAAUUGUCAGCGACAAGCGAUUGCUCCAGUGGUUUUCGCCGUCGUUGUUACGGUGUCGUCGAAAUCGUGAUUGGGUUGCAGCAAAAGGAGUGCUCGCGAAAGGCGAUAAGGACGUCCGGUCCUCGCGCAAUCUUAUCUGUCAACCCGUGAAACCCUACCCGUAACAAAAUCGCCGCUGUCUACAUGAGAGUAUAAAACUUGGAAAAACCUUUCGGUUAAUUCAAAGAAGAAAACUGUCCCGGUAUAGUUAUAAAAUCUGAACCCGGACACGCCGUUGCAUCCUCAAUAGACGUCCCCGCAUCUUUGCGUUUGGUCGGUGAUCUUGACCCCUGAGAGAAGGAGGAAGAAGCCGAGGAUCUUGCCAUAUCUGACAUAGGAAAUAGCAGCAUCACAAAGUGCCUACGAUUCGAACAUCGGAUUCCCCGAAUUGAACCGAUCAUCUGGGCUUACAAUGAAUCACCGUUCAACAGUUGUCUCACUUACCACAUGAGUGUCACGAGAAGAUUGAUGAAUCCAAGGAAUGGAUCGUCUCUGAAACCCAUAGCGCCCAACAACCGGUGUGUGGUGUAGAUACGCACAAGCAUCAUAGAGAAGAACAUUCAGAGCGUGACUUGGGAUCAGCUGAGUCGGGUGACUCGUGCGGUUAUAAAUGAGUAUACCAACGUACACGCAUGCAACAGGCUAUAUUAUACUUAGGUAUUUAUACUAGCAUUAAUACGUGCAGAUUGGAGAGUGAUGUGAUCUACACGCACGUCACACACGCAUGGGCAUCUGCUUUUACGUCUGGUUGGCUGAAUGUGUGCAAAGGCAAGCAUUUUAUCACCGCUGUAGAGUAAGUGACUCAUUCCCUCACUCACUCACUCGUUGCCUGUACGUGUGUCUUUCUCCCUCUAUUUUUUUCUCUCUCUCUUACUCACUCUGGACGGAGUAGGUAACGUUGGAACAAUAAUAUUCCUGCUAUAAAUAUAAAACGACAGGUCGUUCAUCGCCACGGAACACUAUCGAGUCUGUUACGCCAUAAUUGGUAUCAUAAAUGAUUAAUCUUUGGACUACGAGAUAGCAGGAACCUUGCAAACUUUAGAGAAGAGUCGCUCUGUUCGAUUCUGUGCAAAAUAUAAAAUCACACGAGCAUCAGCAACCAUUCGUUCCGAUGUAACAUUGGCUGGAAGAGACUUCGAACGAACCGUUAAAUGAAUUAUCCACAAUUUGUAAGAUGAACCACGUAAUAACAGCGCGAAGAGGCAUGAGACGCGAUGUGCGCGGAUGAUUUAAAACUAGCUCAUGCCUAUGCAAAUAAGCGGGCAACACCUAAUCAUCUUCGGUUCAAACACCGUGUGGACACUGCACUUAGAGGAUCAUGGAUUUUCGCACGCCAGGUUAAAGCAUCGAGGAGCAAUUGAAUCAGGAGCCUUGAUCGAGACACCGAAGAGCGUUCUUUGACCACCAAGUUCGAUAUAGCAGUGAAUGAGUAAAAUGGAGGCAAAACCAGUGCCGAAACCUCGCUCGACCUUGACCGUCGAGGGCAAGGGCACGCGACCUGUGCCGGUACCGGCGCCUAGAAAUCUGCAAUCUAUCGCCGUGCGGUCAACGCCGAGGUCAACGAGCUCGAGCGAGUCGAGUACCUCGGAGAAAAGCGAGGAGGGCACGAAGUCCUGCACGACUCCCGAGGGCAGGAGCUCAGGGCCCGAGUUCUUCCGAAGCCUAAGCAACUCGUCGAGGAAUUUCAAGGACGAGAUAUCGGAGAAGAUGACGUCCAAGAGCAAGGCGGUGAUAUCGAGCACUCGGAACGCCAGCCUAAGACUCGAGAAAUCGGUGAAGAAUUUGCUGACGCGUCGUCUGGCCUCCAUGAACAAUGAAGACGGACUCGGGGGCGAGGUGCCGAACGAUAUCGUCGACGCAACGAACCGGAAGCUCAAAGACACCAUCGGCGGACGUCAGGACCGAUGCGUUUCGAUGCCAACCGAAGACAUCUUCAACGGUAUCUCGUUCUACAGCCCGCUCGGGACGACCCUGAAGAGCGUGCGGAACGUCGAGGACUUGUCGACGGCCAGGUACAGUCCACCACCGCCAAUUUACCCGCCCCCACCGCUUCCGGAAGAGUCGAUCUACGAUGAGCUACAGUCGGUUACUUCCGGGCACAGUAGCAGGUACGACACUCUCAGUUCGACCGUCUCGGCGGUUCGAGAUCUUGACCUCACCGACUCCUUCGACCUUCUUAGCUUCGCUCGAAGCCACGGAAGCGACUCUGACCUUAGUAUGAACAACGGUGAGACGAAUUUGUCGGAGAAAAUCGCUCCCGAUGGACCCAAGCGGUUGUCCAGGUCCGAUUCGUGGACCUUUUACGACGCCACUCCGAGCGCCAAGCCCGGCGUUGACCUCGAGGCGAUGUCGAGCCUCGACGAAGGCGUCAACGAACCCCCGAUACAGGAACCAGUUCUCAACAACCCGCGCGUUAGCUCGGUCUCGAUACCGAAUUCAAUGUACGAGAACUGGCUGCCGCCAAAGCUGGACUCCGACCCAAUCGUGGUUGAGUCCGGACGGGAGCCGAGCAAGUCGCUGCUCUUCGAGUUCGACCCGCUGGCUCAAGCCGACGAGAACGUCUACAGCAACUACGAGAACAACGACCUGAUGCUGCUGGAAGCUCUCCUCGCGACAAGCGAGUCGCCGAGUAGCGCUGGGAGCCUCGCCGACCUCCAGGAGCAGGAGGAAGAGGUGGAGGACGAAGCCUACCACGAGGUAAUCCAGCCCAAGGACGAGGGAGUCGAGCAUUCCACGGCGACAGGACCGCCGCCGGAGCCUCCAAGACGGUACGACUCUCUACCGAAGAACGAGUACGACGAGGUCGAGAUGAUCGAAGUCCCGAUGAAGAAUCCAGCCCUGCUGCCGAAGCUCUCUCAGCUGCGUAAGAAGCAGCCGGCGGUACCACCGAGGAAACCUUCGAUCAAGAUUCACGUGCAGAGGGAAGUCAGCGGGGUCAACGAGGCCGCGACGUGUCCCGAAGAGACGCCUCCACCGAGUCCCCAGGUCGCCGAGGAGAACAGGACCUCAAUGAUGAGGAAACUCCAGAGGAAACUGAGGCACGACUCAGUCGCCAGCAUCAGGCCGAACGUGAUGAGCUUCGUGCGGGGCAGCAAGCUCCUCUCCAGGAACCGCGAAGCCACGAAGGAACCCGCGAUCGGGAGCAAACUGGAGCGUCCACCCUACACGGGGCACAAGUCGACACCGCAAAGAGGGAUCGUCUACAGACCCGGCAUGGGUAUCGAGAGGGCGAAGGACUUAGUGCCCCGGGCCGCCGUGCUGCAGGACAACAAGCUGUCCUUUUACGCCGACAAGAGCAUGACCACCCUGAAGGAAAGCGUCCUCCUCGAGACCAUUCACAGCGUGCAUCUGCUCCAGGAUGUCAAGGUAGUCGACGGGGAGGCUGUUCACUGCGUGGCUAUCAGCGGGGAGGGUAGACCUGGCGUCCACGUGUUCUACGUCAAGGGUGUAACGGAACGAAGAAUUUGGGCCCAACGCAUUCUGGAGGCUCUGACGCCAGUCUUUCCCGUUAGGUACAGUUCCGAACUAACGAGGGUAGGCUGGGCCUAUGUCAAGGAAGGUGUUACCGGAACGUGGUUUCCUGCUUGGCUGCUGCUGCAACGGAGAAGCCUCUUCUACACGCGGUCAAUGGAGCCCGUUGCCUUUGAACAUUUGGACCUGCGCAAGGCCCGUUGCAUAGUCCUUAGAGAACACGAGGGACCGAUCCCUGGGGGUGGAAGCGUUCCAGUCGUGGUUGUUGACGCCGGUGGAAAAAGUGCCCUACAUAUUGCAGCGCCAGGAUCGCGAGAAGGUCCCGUCUGGAAACACGCCCUCUAUCAGGCGGCGACGAGCUGCGGCCCCGACAUUGAGCAACAGCAGCUGACGCAGGACAACGUCCCGGUCAUCCUGGAGAAGUGUAUAAAUUUCAUUUACACCCACGGUAUCAUGUCCGAGGGUAUUUAUCGACGCAGUGGAUCCAGUAGCGCUGUUGCCCGCCUCUUGGAAGCAUUCCGCAAAGAUGCGUGGGUGACGCAAAUCACGAAGGUCGACUAUUCCGAGCACGACGUCGCGACGGUGCUCAGACGAUUCCUGAGGGAUUUACCUGAGCCCCUUUUGCCCGCCGCUAGUCAUGAUUCUCUUUGCCGAAUCGUUGACAUGAAAAACACUGACGAGCGGGUGGCGAACUACAGAAGCAAACUCGAGAGGUUGAGCACCGUGGCGGGAGCGACGCUCCGGAGGAUACUGGCCCAUCUUCACUGCCUGAGCCAGCAGAGCGCGAGGAACCGAAUGACCGUGACGAACCUGUCGGCAGUCUGGGGUCCCACCUUGAUGCACGCCGGAGAGACGAAGAACGACGAUUGGAACCGGUCCGAGACGAGAGUGGUCGGAGACCUGAUCGAGCUCUACCCAAAGCUCUACCAACUCUCCGCGGCGGACUUGGCCAGAGAGGCGAAGAUCCUGGAGGUUCUGGAGCGGCACCACGUGUCCAACAAUCGUCCGAGGGCAGCGCCCUCGGGGGACCUCAAGAUCUGGAUCUACGUGAUCGCUAGGGACGGGGAAUGCGUCAACGUCACGCUUGGUCCGCACAAAACUGCGUUCGACGUGUGCAGAGAACUGGCGGACAAGACGGGCCAUCAACCCCACGAGCUCUGCCUCGAGGAAUCGGCCCUUGGUGGCGACCUCGAACGUCCGCUGCAUCACAACGAGAGCGUGCUCGAGACCGUGGCAAGGUGGGGGUACUGGGACGUCGACGACAGAAAGGACAACGUCCUGGUCCUCAAGAGAGACAGAAUCUACAAAGACAUUGUUCCCUUGGUGAACCCGCCGAUGACGAUAUCCGGAGAGCUCAAGUUCGCUGAUAACAAGACUAAGAAUUUCAAAAACUACUUGUUCGAGUUCAACCAAGCCAAGCUGUGCUGCUACAAGGACAAAAUGUGCGCAACGAAACUCCACGAGUGGAGAAUCGAGGACAUCGUUUGGUACCUGGGUCACGAAUCGAAGCGUAAUCCGCAGAUGGGGUGGUCCAUCACGUUUAUCAUGAAGAACGGAAAGCCCAACAGGUGCAAGGAGACUCCCUUCUUCGGUUACACCGUUGCUGGAGCGUUGAAGGGCGAAGAGUACCGUUGGUUGGCAGCAAUGUUAUUCGGGGAGUAUCAGCUGAACCUUCGCCCAUCCUCGGUCAACCUCAUGGACCCUUGAUCCAGCUCCUUCAAGAUGUUCCUCGUCAUAGGUAUACGUAUAAUCAAGGUUCGCCUGCUGCCUUAGCUUCAAUCCCAGAGCUUCCUUAGUGCCUUACAAAUCUUGCCCUCGCAGCGAUGAGUAUGGAACCAAUUAAAAUUACGAUCAACCUGAAAUUAUUAUCACUAUAGGAUCAUACAAUCGACUGACAUAUUACGAACGCGUGUAGUUUCAUAACGCCUCGUGGGAAACUUAUCUAUUCCAUAUUACUUUUAUAUUUUAAUUUGUAUAUAGUCAUUUUUGAUACAUACGUGAUAUCGCGGAAUGUUUUGAACCUCCUCGUAUGUAGCUUGUCGAAUGAUUUUGUUACCCACAGGCUACAAUAUUUUAAAUGUAUUUGUAAUUACGUUAAUUUGUUUUUAAAUUUAGAUGUAUAUUUGACAUAUUUAAUAGCGAGGAAAAUGCACUGCAUUUAAAGAUUGUUGAAAUUUUUUAUCGGUUCGGGUUUUUUCCCUUUUUUUUCCUUCUUUUUUUAUCGGUACUAGAUUGGUGCUAUACGUAUAACGGUUAAACAGUUCUUCUCUACAUAUAAUACACUAUGUAUAAUGGUAAUGAAUAAGUCUGAUGGAAAGUGUUAAUUGUUCGAUUUAACACCAAAGAAAAAAGCGUUAUACAGUUGCGGAGUGGCCAGCAGAGAUUUCGAAAGAGAUAUUUGAAUUGCUGAUCAGUGAUUAAAAAAACAAAAAGAAAAAUCCAAAUAACGU